ACUGACAACUCAUGGGGCCCCUGUGUCCAUGCCCAAGCUCAAAAAAGCCUCUAUGCUAAGGCUCAGGGGCAGACUGACAACUCAUGGCACCCCCAGGCAAUAGGGGAUCAUGGGGCCCCUGUGUCCUUGCCCAAACUCAAAAAAGCCUAUGAAAAAGGUACCAGGGGCAUCUCAUGGGGCCCCCUACUGACCCUGGGCCCUCAGGCAGUGCCCAAGUUUCCAAAUGGUCAGUCCACCCCUGCU